AUGCCAGCACCGAUGGACACCAGCUACCUGACAACUCAAGUCACCACGAUCAUCGGUCAAUUACACUCCAUAUUCGAUGAGAUUGGUGUACCUCGCAAUGAACGCGAAUCACGAGAAACAGAAUUGUUCGCGGCCUUGUCCGACACUCUCCACAGCCAGCUUCGCCUCGUCAACUCGGAGAAAAACCAAAUGACCGAAGAAGCCCAGAACAUUAUCAAGACAAUCAAACAGAUGGAAGCGUCGCUGGACGACGAGAAGGAUAGAGGUUACCACUUAGACACUAACGGCUUAAGAGUUACCCACCCUCUGAUCGAUUGUUUACGCGACCUGAAAGAGAAAUACAAUGUCGUGAGCAGACUUCAUCGAGAACGUUUCGAACAAGUCAAGAAGCUAGUUGAAGCUCUUGAAUCCUAUUCAUCACACCUCGAGUCAUCCUUUGUCAAGAUCCGGCUUCCCCCUACCGCCUCCAAUACGUGUCCUCCCAACUUCGAUCUGUCUCCAUCAUAUGUUACAAAGCUUGACGAAGAGUUCACCAGAGUGUAUGAUGAAUACAACAAGAGAGUGGCCAUGGUUCAACAAACCGCGGAGGAAAUCGUGAGACUCUGGUCGGAAUUGGGCAUUCCUCAGGCACAGACAGACUCGAUGAUUGUUCAGCAUUACCGCGAUUCUCCAGAGCAACUAGGUCUCCACCAAGCAGAUCUGGAUCGACUCAGAAGCCGUCGCGAUAAACUGCUGGAGGAAAAGAAGGGUCGUGAGAAGCGCUUGAGUGAGGUGAAGAAGAGCAUUGAAGCCCUAUGGGAUCGUCUUGGGAUCGAAGAACCUGAUCGAAAAGCAUUCCUGGCUGCGAAUCGUGGAUGUGGCCUACGAACCAUCAAUGAAUUUGAAGAUGAAUUGGCGAGAUUGAACGAAUUGAAGAGACAAAAUCUUCAUUUGUUCGUGGAGGAUGCCCGUGUCAGAUUGCAAGAGCUUUGGGACUCAUUGUACUUCUCUGAAGAAGAGAUGCUCGAUUUCACUCCAGCUUUCUCCGACGUCUACAGUGACGCUCUUCUGUCAGCUCAUGAAGCAGAAAUUGAGAGACUGACCACGUUGAGAGAACAACGAGCACCCACGUUGGCCGCUGUCGAAAAGUACAGAUCCCUGAUUGCCGAUCGCGAGGCUCUAGCCGCAUCUGCCAAUGAUGCUUCGAGAUUGAUGCUGAAACCACAAAAAGGGGAGAAACGAGAUCCUGGUAAACUACUCAGGGAGGAGAAGAUGAGAAAGAGAAUUGCCAAAGAGUUGCCCAAGGUGACAGCAGAACUGACAAAGGUCUUGCAAAAGUAUGAGGAUGAAUAUGGAAGACCUUUCCUAGUUCACGGGGAAAGAUUUCUUGAUGAGCUCGAAGAAGCAGAAGUUAAAGCACCACCACCGCGGUCCAAAACACCGAACGGCUUGCGACCCAAAACUCCCGCUCCUCCACAGACUUCGAAACCAUCGUCCAGCACCGCAAAAUCGGGGCCCCCAGCUCAACCAGGAAGUGUCGUGAAAGGUCCUGCACCACGAUCAACGGCGAAGACGCCCACCGGUAAUAGACCCGGAACAGUCAGACAACAGGCAGCACCAGCCCCCGCAGCAGCCCUUUCAUCACAAGUCAAAUCUCCUUCCAAAAUUCCAGCCCGAGUUCCACUUGGGAAUCUCAAGAAUGGCAACAACUCCCCUGAACGUCGAGCUAUUCCGCAGCCAUCUUCACGUAACGUACCUGAGCCUCAACAGAAUUAUUCUCAGAAUGCUAGAACCAUGGGUCCACCAAGAGCGCCCCCACCAAAGAUGAGAGAUCUCAUGGUUCCAUCUUCCGAACCUACCGUGAACUCGCAACCCCUACCUUCAUCUACCUGUCCCGAAAGUACCCUUUCCGCCGGUUCAAAUGAGAGCAGUCGCUAUGUUCGGCCCAUGAGCCCUGAAGAUGUAUAUGACGACCGAGAACGAAUGUCGUACAUGUCGGCUUCGCUGUUGAAUCGAGAUAGACAGCAGCAACAUUACCAACAAUCACAGCGCCAACAAAACGACACAUGUUACCAUUCUCACGUUCAUCAAUACCAGCCUUCUCACUCUUCAUCAGCUUCUAUGCGGAGCCAUAGCACUCGUCAUAAUCCCUCCGCGCCGCCCUCGACCCUGCCAGGAUCCCGCCAGACCUCCAACACUUCAUCGAACAUGACCACUGGUACGACGGCCAGCAGUAGUGAGAACUGGGAAACCUAUUCCGAUGCUUCUGUGAUGGAGCCCGAGCGAGACGUCCGCGAUCCCUAUUACUCCAAAGUCCACACCCAUGCUGUCACCACGAAUGCUCUCGGCACCAGUCAUAACCUUAAUGGGAAGAGACCAAUGACGGCGGCCGGUCCCGGUGGUGGUGCCUCCACAGGACAGAUGGCUCCUCCACCUGCGAAGGUCAGGUUACAGAAUCAACAUCACGGAUACCAGACCUCGCAUUACGGACAAUAUAGAGAGAUAUCUGACGAAAACAUCGAAGGAGACGGAGUCCGAGUCGAAGGCAGUGAUGCCGCAUGGAGUACAGAGCUGGAAGAGACGUACUAG